AUCAUUGCUCUGCUUUUGUGACAUCAUAUCUUCUACUCCAACUCUUAUCCAGAUGAUUAGAUUCUAUUGUCUCCUCUCUCUCUCUACCUCUGUCUCACGCAUACACAGUUUUAUGUUUCACUCAAGUGGUUCAUUCAAAGUUUGGAACAACAAUGAGCUCAACUCCAGUUAAAAGAGUUCCAUUAUAUUUCUCAUUUGCAUUUCUGUUUCUUGGUUCCUUAAUAAAUUUCAUUAAAGCUUCGGAUGUGAACACGGAAGCCCAGGAAUCCAACAGGGUAAUUCAUCUACCAGGCCAGCCUUCUACCCCGUCUAUCUCCCAGUUCUCAGGCUAUAUCACUGUCAACAAAGACCAUGGGAGGGCCUUGUUCUACUGGUUCUUUGAAGCUCAAUCUCAGCCGGCCAAGAAGCCUCUUGUUCUCUGGUUUAAUGGAGGACCUGGUUGUUCAUCCAUUGGGUAUGGUGCAGCCUUGGAAUUGGGUCCUCUUAGAGUUAGUGAAAAUAGAACUGGGCUUCACUUUAAUAAAUAUGCUUGGAAUCGAGAAGCCAAUUUGCUAUUUCUGGAAUCCCCUAUUGGAGUUGGGUUUUCUUACACAAACAUGUCUUCUGAUAUGAACAAAUUAGAUGAUGGCUUUGUGGCUGAGGAUGCCUACAAUUUUUUGGUGAAUUGGCUUGAAAGUUAUCCGCAAUUCAAAACUCGUGAUUUCUUCUUGGCGGGAGAAAGUUAUGCAGGCCACUAUGUGCCUCAACUUGCAGAGCUUGUAUAUGAUCGAAAUAAGGAGAGAAAUAGAUACCCACAUAUCAAUCUAAAAGGUUUUAUAGUAGGAAAUCCUGAAACUGAUGAUUAUUAUGAUUCCAAGGGUUUACUAGAAUAUGCAUGGAGUCAUACUGUUAUAUCUGAUCAGCUUUAUAACGAAGCCAAACAAGUAUGUGAUUUCAACCUUUUCAAUUGGUCUGAAGAAUGCAAUGAGGUCAUGAGCAUUCUCUAUGAGAAAUACCGAGAAAUUGAUAUAUACAAUAUCUAUGCCCCGUCAUGUCUUACCAAGAGCACAGCUUCGGUAGCCGAUAGUAGACGUGAUCACAGUGUUGAAUCACUGUCAAAGGUAAGUGAUAGAGGGUUAAGGAGGUUGAGAAUCCCUGGAGGGUACGAUCCAUGUUAUUCUAGAUAUGCAGAAGAGUAUUUCAACAGAAGGGAUGUUCAGUCAUCCCUCCAUGCAAACCUUAAAGGUGGAAAAUGGAGGGUCUGCAAUAAUGCCAUCUUCAGGACAUACAACUAUACAGUGUUUUCCAUUUUACCGAUUUACGCCAAACUCAUCAAGAGUGGUUUGAAGAUAUGGAUUUACAGUGGGGACACUGACGGUAGAGUACCAGUCAUUGGGUCUCGAUAUUGUGUUGAAGCUCUCGGUCUUCCUCUCAAAUCUUCUUGGGGCUCUUGGUUUCAUCGCCAUCAGGUCGCAGGGAGGAUGGUGGAGUACGAAGGGUUAAGUUUGGUGACGGUGAGAGGGGCAGGUCACUUGGUCCCCCUUAACAGGCCAAGUGAGGCUUUGGCACUCUUUCAUUCAUUCUUGACCGGAGAACAGCUUCCCACACAUCCGUGACCAUUCUAUAUAUAUAUAUAUAUAUAUAUAUCUUAUAUUUAUUAGUACAACCCAAAUUAAGCUUGUUUGAUCUCUUCCACAGUAUGUUUCUAGAAAGCUUGAUUCACCUCAACUCUUCAUUAUCUCUCCAUCCAAUAUUAUAAGCUUUCUCUGACAUUUAACUUCCGGGGUCUAAGGAAAAAAAAGCUAAAUUGUUAUGCCCUUAAAGCCCAUAUCGAGUAAACAGCCAAGGCUUAAUCUUAUCUUAAUUCACCGUA